AUGAGCGGCCUCGCGGGGAAAGUGCGGCGCGCCACGGAGUCGGACGAGUUCGACCUCAGCGGCUACGACCAGGCGCGGUGCAACGAGCUGGCGAAGGCGGCCUUCUCGGAGCCCUUCCCCCUCAAGGAGAUGGUGCGCAUCUCCUUCGUGGUGGGUGGCGGCAAGCUGGUGCGUCAGAAGUAUGCCGAGGAGCUGCCGAAGUAUAUGGUGAACGCGCUCAGCACCAUUGGAUUCACAGAGGACAACAGCGCCACAGUGGAAGCGAGCUCUGCCGGGAAGUUCAAAUACCACCACGACACCAACAAGAACCUGAAGCUGGUGCACGUCUUCCCCAAGCUCUCUGGGGAGGUGGGCGCUUCUGCCGCGGCGGAGGAAGAAGAAGCGGCGCCCAAGGUCCAAACGCCUGAGGACGUGCUCCUGCGCAGCGAGGAGAAGGAAUUCCAGCGACUCUUGCAGACACACCUGGCCAGCUAUGCCCAGAAGAAGCGGCUCUUGGAGCUGCUGAAGCACCGCGUCGCGGUCCUCGAGGCCCUUUUUGUCUCGGACAUGGGUCUUUUCCGUGAGCUCGUGCCAUGGACGGCAUGCCUCGUUGCCUUGCCACGUCCGCGGCGGAAGACAAAAGGCACGGCCGAUCGGCGAGAAGGCGCCGAUGUGAGCAACGUGCAGGGAAAGGCGUCACCCAUCAAUGCCCGCGGGUACACCUCCGCGAUCGCGCGCAGUUCGGCGUGGGAAGCCGCCUGCGGGCUGCUGGCCGAGAUGCCGAAGGCUCAGGUGCAGACAGAUGUCAUCAGCUUCAAUGCAACCAUCAGCGUGUGUGCAAAGGAAAGGCAGUGGCAGCAUGCGCUGGCCUUGCUCCACACCAUUCCAAAGGCGCUGCUGCAGCCAGACGUCGUGAGCUUUGGUGCGGCCGUCGGCGCGUUGGAAAAAGCCACGCAGUGGCUGCGGGCACUGGGAGUCUUCGGUGGAAUGACCGAGGCAUCUCAAGCAGAUGUGGUUCCCAAUGAGAUCAUCUUCAACUCCACCAUCAGCUCGUGCGCGAAAAGCGGCGAGUGGCAGCAGGCGUUGGCCCUGUGCAGCUUGAUGCCGGACGGAAGGGUGAACGUCAGUGAGAUCACCAUGAACGCCAUCAUCAGCGCAUCUGAGAAAGCAGGUCGUUGGCAGCUGGCCUUGGCCGUCUUGGUCGCUAUGCCAGAGGCAAACCUGCAGCCAGAUGUUGUCAGCUACAGCGCAGCCAUCAGCGCCUGCGAGAAGGGUGGGCAGUGGCAGCAAGCGCUCGCCCUGUUUCGCUUGAUGCCUGAGAUCGACCUGACUCCCAACAGCGUCACCUUCAAUGCAACCAUCAGCUCCUGCGAGAAAGCGAGCGAGUGGCAGCACGCGUUGGCCAUAUUUUGGGCGAUGCGCGGAACAGCCGCUCCAAAUGAGAUCAGCUUCAGUGCCGCCAUCAGCGCCUGUGAAAAGGCCGGCGAGUGGGAGCAGGCGCUGGCGUUGUUUCGGAGGAUGCCCGAACUCCAUGUGCCUCGGAACGUGAUCAGCUUCAAUGCAUCCAUCAGCGCAUGUGCACGGCUCGGCGAGUGGCAACAAGCUCUGGCCUUGUUUUGGGCAAUACGUUCUGCGCGACUGCGAGCAAACGUGAUCAGCUUCAGCGCCAGCGUCAGCGCCUGUGAGAAAGGCUGGGUCUGGCGCGACGCCUUGGCGCUGUUUCGCGAGAUGAGCGCUGAGCUAAAGCCCAACAUCGUAAGCUUCAGCUCCGCCAUCAGCGCCCUGGAGAAGGCGCCGGCAGGCGCUUGGCGGCGGGCAGUGGCGUUGUUCCAGGCAGUGCCUCAAGCGCAGCUACGGCCCAACGUCGUCAGCUUCAACGCGACCAUCAGCUCUGCAAGUGCUGACUGGCGGCAUUCGCUGGCCCUGUUUGGCAUGGCGAGAACGGCGGCGGAGCCCAACCUGAUCAGUUUCAAUGCCGCUAUUGGCACAUGUGCGGUGGGACGGCAUUGGCAAGCGGCGGUGGCCCUGCUGGGGGCUUUGAAUGAAACCCAGCUGGCAGAUGCAACGAGCUUCAGCGGGACCAUCGGCGCGUGCGAGGUGCUCGUAGGGCGGAUGGCUCUGCUCGCGGUGACGUCAAGCCUCCGGCGAAUGGCAGACAUCGAGGCGCGCAUGGCGCGUUUGGAGCGGCUCUCGGCGGAGGAGGAGGCGCUCUUCGAGGAUGUGGGCGCGGAGGACCUGAAGGAGAAGAUCAAGGUGGUGACAGCGGAGAUGAAGGAGAUGGUAGAACAAGGCCAGCUCACGGCCGCGGAGAAGGCUGAGUUCCUGGAGCAACUGGAGUCCAAAGUGACCAUGGCCAAGGAGGAGCUGGCGAAAGCUGAGGCUGAAGGGAAAGCCAAAAAAGCCCAGGCUCUGAAGCAGCAGCUGGAGGUGAUGCAGCAGACCCGCGCCACGGUGAAGGACGCGGACGCAGCGCCUCUGCCGGCCCUGAAGAACGGCGCGAAGAUCCGGGAGCUCCGGGUGAAGCUCAUUGAGCUGGACCGCAUUGAGAAGGCUAGCAAAGGACACUACACCAUGGAGGAGCUGAAAAAGCUGGGGGAGCGCCCCGAGCUCGAGGAGGCGGCUGCGGAGCUGGAGACCCGCGCCCGCGGCUGGCUGGAAGCCGACGAGGUCUUUGAAGAGCGGCUACAGGCCAACCUGCGGUUGGCUGUGAAGGCCAAGGCGAAGUCCAAGUCGUCCGGGGGGUACACCGCUGUGAGCGGCGGGGCGCGGCCCGCUGCGGCCAAGGCUUCCGGAGCCAAGACGCGGAACAACUUCGCGGCCCUGGGGUGA